AUGCAUCAAACUAUUGGCAACUCUCUUAGAGUAUUGGUUACACUGAACCACCCUUUCAACAUCAAUGAUGCCGAACAAUUAGUUGACACUGCCAUUGCAAAUGCAGUGUAUGCACACCGCUGCUCUUAUCACGGAACUAUAACCGCUACGCCCGGAUCACUUGCCUUCCACCGUGACAUGAUCCUAGAUCUUCCAAUGCAAGCUGACCUUCAGCUCAUUCAACAACAUCGACAACAGCUCAUUGACAAAGAAUUGAUACGAGCCAAUUGUCGCCGAUUUGCUUAUGAUUAUCAGCCCGGCCAGGAAGCUCUAAAGCUUCGCUAUAAGCCAAACAAGCUCGACCCUCGAGCCGAUGGACCAUAUCGUAUUGAACGAGUCCACUCUAAUGGUACCCUUACCAUUUGA